AUGACCACUCGCUGGCGUCGCAUCGUUUCUACCGACGCACACCUGCGACGCUAACGUGAACCAAUUGACAUGAGGUGCACGUUGCUUGGAUCGUUGCUGUUCCUAGGUUUGGCGGUUCGAUGGGUAGAAUGCUUGAACCCGGAUGCCGGAUCCUGGGUGCAAGCAACACAUGGUGAACCUUGGCCUCUGCCAAAUCUUAGACGCGUUGGUAACGCGUUCUAUCUCCUGAGAGCCUCGACCUUCCAGUUUAACGUAGUUGGUGAGACUUGUGACAUAGUUACGGAUGCGAUAGAAAGGUACGGGGCGAUUAUACUGACGGAAGCUCGAAUAGCGAAGAUCUAUUCGCUAGGACUUCCUCGAUCCUCGAGAGACAAUGGCACCGCAAGAGGCACGCUCAGUGCUUUGGACAUCCGUUUGGGAGAAUCUUGCGAGAAAGAUGGCAACCAUUGGCCCCAUUUGCAGAUGAAAGAAUCAUAUACUCUGAGUAUCAAUGAGACUUCCACGGUAGCGAAUCUGGUGGCUGAGUCGGUGUGGGGGAUUCUUCGGGGUCUCGAGACCUUCUCGCAGCUUUUGUUUCCAGCUGGGGAUGGUUCCAAUUUGAAAGUAAGGUGUCAGACUAUCGUGGACAGGCCGAAAUUACCUCAUCGUGGACUACUAUUGGACACGUCCCGUCAUUACUUACCAAUUCAAGAUAUUUUGCUCACUCUGGAUGCGAUGUCCUACAAUAAAAUGAACGUUCUCCAUUGGCAUAUCGUGGACGCGUUCCAUCCAUUCAUGGUGUACACUCUGAAUGACAUCCAGCAGAUCGUAGAAUACGCCAGGCUAAGGGGCAUUCGAGUGAUGCCGGAAUUCGAUACUCCUGGGCAUACCAGGUCAUGGGGUUUGGCCUAUCCUGAUCUAUUGACCACUUGCUACGAUGUAAAGGGAAGACCCAAUGGUAAAUUGGGACCGAUGAACCCAACGAAUCCCAAUCUCUACGAGUUCCUGCGCCACUUGUUUGCCGAGAUCGUGCAGGUAUUCCCGGAUCAAUACGUCCAUCUGGGCGGCGACGAGGUGCCGUUCGAUUGCUGGAUGAGCAAUCCGGAGAUCACCGCGUACAUGAAGAGGCGCAACAUAACCAAGAACUAUGAGGUCCUCGAGAGCGAGUACAUCGGCAAUGUUCUCCAGAUCACGAAAUCUCUACAGGCCAGCACGAUCGUUUGGCAGGAGGUAUUCGAGAACGGUGUCGUGCUGCCAAACACCACGGUGGUACACGUGUGGACAGGAUUAUGGCAGAAGAAGCUGGAGAACGUUGUCAAGGCUGGACAUCCUGUGUUGCUUUCAGCCUGUUGGUACCUGGAUCACAUCGCUGGAGGUGGUGACUGGUUGAAGUUUUACAGGUGUGAUCCGUUAUCGUUCAACGGAGCCUCGAAUGUCACCAAUUUGAUGCUGGGUGGUGAGGCUUGUAUGUGGGGAGAAUUUGUCGACAGAAACAACGUGCACUCGAGAAUAUGGCCGCGUGCAAGUGCAGCAGCGGAACGUCUCUGGAGUAACGGGAAACCGGACGAGAACAAGGCUGCUCAACGCCUCGAAGAGCACGCGUGUCGCAUGAACAAGCGCGGAAUUCCUGCUCAACCACCGAAUGGUCCAGGAUUCUGCGUGUUAUAACGACCACUCCGUCGAGUUUCCAUUCCCCGAAGCACAGAAGUGCCUUGUACACUUGCUGGAGGAUCGUCCGACGUUUUUUUUCCACAACUACAUCUUUA